AUGAUAACAAUCCCAAUCGAAGAAAAAACUUCAGAUAGUAACAAUACAUCGAAAACUAAUUUGGUUGCGGUAACUAAACCUAUUCAUUAUGAUAUAAAAAGCAUCUUAGCAGAUGUUCGCACCAUUUUAUAUGCUAUCAGUUUUGGUAUAUUGUUUGGAUUUUUUAUGAACAAAGGCACUGUAUUUGUAGCUCCGACUAUUCGUAAACAAAUGUUAUUUCAACGUUUUGCGAUGUUGAAAAUGUUUCUUGCAGCUGUUGGAGUAUCUAUGUUAAGUGUAGUUCUACUUGUUCUAAGUAAUGCAAAAUUAUAUGAGAAAAUUCUUAAUGGUUAUAUUGAACACAAUAGUCGUCGAGAUAUUCUUCAUUAUAUAUUUGGUGGUACUAUGAUUGGUUUGGGUAUGGUCAUAUGUGGCAGCUGUCCAGGAACCGUUUUUGUUCAAGUAGGUUCCGGUAUUGUUAAUUCUUUAUUUACUUGUUUGGGUAGUCUUCUUGGGACUUAUUUCUAUUAUAUAUUUGUACAUGAACGUGUUUCAAUAGAAAAACUUCCACCACAGUCACUUGUUCUUCGACGUACCUGUGAUAUACUUCAUAUUUCAAGUAUUACAUGUCAUACGAUAUUGGGUCUUAUUUUGCUUGGUAUCGCCAUUAGUUUAGAAUUUGCUGUUCCUUGGAAAUCUGAUUUAAACCCUGACUUAUUAGAAAAAGGCACUCUUAAUCCAGAAAAUGCCACAGGUCAUUUUUUGGGUUUGGCUGCAUGGCCACCAUCAGCUUGUGGUGCUGGUAUUGAUCUUUUACAAUUGUUUUUCAUGUUUUUUCUGGAGAAAUCUUUGGGAAUUUCAUCGGCUUUUACUGUAUGUGCUGCUCAACUAUGUCGAAUUAAAUUAAUUGGUCAAGCGAUACCAUCGUUAAGUUCAUUUGCCUAUGGACUUAAGAAUUAUGUAGCUAUUCUAUUUGCUUUGGGAGCUAUUGGUGGUAGUGCUUUAUCAUCAGGUCUAUCAAAAACAAUUCCAUUAGGUUCAGAAAAUGGAACAAAUAUAUUUAGUAGUAUUCUUGGAGGAUUUCUAUUACUCUUAGGAGCACGUUGUGCAGGUGGAUGUACUAGUGGACAAGGAAUUUCAGGUAUGAGCCAUCUUCUAAUAGGAUCAUUCAUUACAACAGCAUGUAUAUUUGGUGGUGGUAUUAUUUUCGCAUUCAGCUAUUCAUUAAGUAAUAAUGAAUGGCUCUUUCAAAAUCUUUAA